UUAAUAACGUCAAAGAGAUCUUGCGUAUUGGUAAAUCGCACGGUCGGGGGAUCGCUAUCUUUCGUCGACUUAACUAAAGUAAGUAUGGUAGACGCCGACGGAACUGCCGAUGAAGUCGACACCGACCAAGCCGAUACCGACGGAGAUGUCGUCGACUGCCGCCAUGGCGAAGCGUUGAAGUUUGAAGUUGGGAUCU